AUGUCCCACUGCCACGACGAACAUUCUGGCCACGGCCACGACCACCAUGAGCACGAUCAUUCGGACGACAUCACUCCAGCCAUGCAGUUCUCUCUCUACAGUCAAAUCAACUUUGAUCACAUUGUGACUUUGAAUGAAUCUCAGCGAGAUAUCGGGCAGACGAUCGUCAAGAAGACGUGGCAAGAGAGACUUAGCAUUGAGCCCGAGUUGGCCAGCGAUGUUGAUGAGCAGCUUCUUAUGACCGUUCCUUUCACGGCACAAAUCAAGCUUCACUCUAUUCUCAUCCGCACAUCCCCUUCAGCCUCAGCUCCCAAAACCCUUCAUCUCUUCAUCAACCGCGACGACCUCGACUUUGCAGCUGCCGAGGAGUCAGACCCCAUCCAAACGCUCGAGCUUUCUCAGACGAGUGAUCUGCAAGAAAUCCCCGUGAAGCGCGCGCUGUUUGGCAAAGUACAACAGCUGGUGCUUUUCUUCGCCGACAACUUUGGCGAUGGCGACGAGGACGUGACUCGCAUCUCGUACCUUGGCUUCAAGGGCGAGUGGACGCAGCUUGGAAGAGCUCCCGCCAAUAUUAUCUACGAGGCUGCUGCUAAUCCGGGGGAUCAUAAGCUGAAGGGGACAAAUGUGAAUCAGAUGGGGAGCGGCAUUGGAGGGAGGGGACCUGGAGCUUAA